AUGAGUCGAGUCUGUAUUGUUGUUUUGGAGGAGGUGGAAGAUGAUUCUCCCACAUUUAUUUCUAAAUUACCUCAGGAAAAUGUACCUUUACAUCCAUCGCACUCUGGAAACGUGCUGCCACCAUUGGUUCAAGCUAUAUUUAAUGGAGAUCCUGAUGAAGUUCGAGCACUGAUAUUUAAGAAAGAAGAUGUUAAUUUUCAGGAUAAUGAGAAAAGGACCCCUUUACAUGCUGCUGCCUAUCUGGGAGAUGCAGAAAUUAUUGAACUACUUAUUUUAUCUGGAGCUAGAGUUAAUGCCAAAGACAGCAAAUGGUUGACUCCUUUACACAGAGCUGUGGCGUCUUGUAGCGAGGAUGCUGUUCAGGUGUUGUUAAAGCAUUCAGCGGAUGUCAAUGCUCGUGAUAAAAACUGGCAGACACCCCUACAUAUAGCAGCUGCAAACAAAGCUGUGAAAUGUGCUGAAGCUUUAGUGCCUCUCCUCAGCAAUGUAAAUGUGUCUGAUCGAGCAGGCAGAACAGCAUUGCAUCAUGCAGCCUUCAGUGGACAUGUUGAGAUGGUCAGCUUACUGUUGUCUAGAGGGGCCAAUAUUAAUGCAUUUGACAAGAAAGACAGGCGAGCGAUACAUUGGGCAGCAUAUAUGGGUCAUAUUGAAGUUGUAAAAUUACUUGUGGCCCAUGGAGCUGAAGUGACGUGCAAAGACAAAAAAUCAUAUACACCCUUACAUGCUGCAGCAUCUAGUGGGAUGAUCAGUGUAGUCAAAUAUCUUCUAGAUCUUGGAGUUGAUAUGAAUGAACCAAACGCCUAUGGAAAUACUCCUCUCCAUGUAGCUUGCUACAACGGUCAAGAUGUUGUGGUGAAUGAACUCAUAGACUGCGGUGCUAAUGUAAAUCAAAUGAAUGAGAAGGGUUUUACACCUUUGCACUUUGCUGCUGCAUCAACACAUGGAGCAUUGUGUUUAGAGCUUUUGGUCUGCAACGGAGCAGAUGUAAACAUUAAGAGUAAAGAUGGGAAGACUCCUUUGCACAUGACAGCGAUCCAUGGUAGAUUUUCAAGAUCUCAAACCAUCAUUCAAAAUGGAGCUGAAAUAGACUGUGAAGAUAAGAAUGGAAAUACUCCUUUGCACAUAGCAGCCAGAUAUGGCCAUGAGCUAUUAAUCAACACUCUGAUUACGAGUGGUGCUGACACUGCAAAGCGGGGUAUACAUGGGAUGUUUCCUCUCCAUUUGGCAGCAUUAAGUGGAUUUUCAGACUGCUGCAGAAAACUCCUCUCAUCAGGUAAGAUACUCUUUAAAAAUCUUACAGUUGCUUUGUAA